AUGAUUAUGGAAAUAGAAAUAGGGGUGGUCGAAGGCGGCAAACGGAAGGUGACGCAAGACAGUGGUGAUACAAGAAACAGAAAUGAUGAGUCUUAUAAAUUUCAAACAACUGGGAACAUAACAAAGGAGUCUCAAGUCCACUUGGAGCAGAUUGAACGGACAUGGAAAUUGGAAGCAAUGGGGAUUAAAAGUUCAAUGAUGAAUUAUCAGGAUGAAAAAGCCCUUGGAACUUUUGGGAAAUUGCUCACCAAGAACAAAGAUCAAAUCACGUCCGAUCCUUAUAUCCAAUCGACCCCCAAUGAAACACAUGUGUAA